UAACAACGUACUCAUUCAGUGAUUAAGAAUACAUUACACGGAUUUCACAAGAAACCAUCAUCUGCAACAUUCUAAUUGUUCAACCGAUCUUUUGAUGCUGAAUUAUCCAUUUGUUUUGUGAAUAUCUAAUUGAAACCAUGAAGAAAGUGUACUUAGCUGUCUUUGCUAGUAAUCUAGGCAUGAUAUCGUUUGGUCUAUUCUUUGGCUGGUCAUCACCUUCAUUGUCUCUUCUAUUGCAAGACGACAGUCCUAUACCAUUGACCGUGCAGCAGGCUGCAUGGGUAUCAUCUAUUUAUACUCUGGCUUCAGCUGUGGGAUCGGUGCUUUGUAGUUACGUUGUAAAUGUAAUUGGCAGGAAGACGACUCUAGCUUUCGCUGCGAUACCAGGGGUGAUAGGAUGGAUGAUGAUAGCUCUCGCGACAUCGGCAUGGGAAUUGAUUGCAGGCAGAUUCGUUUGCGGGUUAAGUAACGGAUUUGGAUAUAUAUGCGCUACUAUGUAUAUAGGUGAAAUUUCACCAGCUAAUAUAAGGGGAACAUUAACGUCCACGUUAACUGUAGCUGCGAAAUUUGGUCUGUUCGUUGAGUGGGCAAUAGGCCCGUUUCUCUCUAUAAGAAAUCUUGCACUCGUAUCAUCAUUGAUACCGAUCCUUUUCUUUGUCUCUUUGAUAUCGUUACCAGAAUCUCCGUAUCACUUGAUGCGUCGUGGGAGAAAUCAGGAAGCAGUAACGUGUCUUAUGCAAUUAAGAGGAGCCACGGAUGUUUCUAAAGAAAUGGAGAUGAUCGAGAAAUCCAUUAAAUACGACCUAUCUAAUAACACCGGAUUAUGGGAAUUGGUCAGCGUCUCGGGAAAUCGGAAAGCGUUGAUAGUUGUGUUGGGUCUUUUUGUAAUUCAACAGUGGAGCGGAAGCUUGGCAAUACUUUCGUACGCCGAAUUAAUUUUUAACGCGACGAAAAACCAGCUUCAAGGUAAAUACUUGACCAUGAUAUUGGGUGGCGUACAAGUGAUGUGCGCUGUGAUGAGCGCGUCUAUAGUGGAUCGGUACAGCAGAAGGACUUUGCUUCUAAUUUCUACGUCCGGUGUUACCAUCUCCACCUAUCUCAUUGGUUUAUUUUUUUGCCUUCAAUACAUCGAAAUGGAUAUUAGUGAGAUCACCUGGUUGCCAGCUGCUGGAUCGAUACUUUAUAUCGUCACGUAUGCUUUCGGCCUGGCCGCACUUCCGUUCACUAUGAUGAGCGAAGUUUUCCCUACGAACGUUAAAGCGCUGGGCAGUACGAUUGGAAUGCUGUGCUGCAAUUGUUGCGCUUUUGCCGUAACCUUAUCUUAUCAAAGUAUCGUGGAACAAAACGGCAUAUACGUCGCGUUUUGGCUUUUUUCUUCGAUCACUGCUUUAGGCAUCAUUUUUAUAUAUUAUUGCGUCCCGGAGACGAAGAGGAAAACAUUGCAGGAGAUACAAGAGCAGUUGCAUGGAUAUAAAUUGUAAUAAAAGUUGUAAACAUUUUUUUUAUUGUACAUUGAAAUUAUCAUGGAAAUAUAAAUGCAAUUAGGAUAAAAAAAUCAUGCAU